CAUCGAUGCUCUCUCUGCCGUAGUUAUAUAUAUAUAUAUAUAUAUAUAUAUAUAUAUAUAUUAUAUGUAUAUAUAUAAAAUAUAUGUUUUAUAUAUAUAUAAUGUAUGUGUGAAGGUAUAUGUACACGCACACAUACAUAUUCACGUAAACGUGAAUGGAAAAAAGCAAAGAAUAAUGAAAGUGUAGCCUUCUAUGUGCCUCGCUAUCAUCGUCGUCGUCGUCGUCGUUGUCGUCGUCGUCGUCGUUCCCUCGUCGUUUUCGUCUCAUCGUCGUCGUUGCCCCUAUUGUCUUUCUCUUCUUUUUUCUUUAUCAGAAAACUUUUAUUUCGCUAAAAUCGUACAAAGAAGAAUUGUAAAGAGAGGAAGAAGGAAACACUGUAGAGAGAAAGAGAGAAAGAGAGAGAGAGAGAGAGAGAGAGAGAGAGUGAGAAAGAGGGAGAGAGGGAGAGAGGUAGAAAAAAGAGAGAGUGAUAGAGAGGGCAGAGUGAUAGAAAGGAGCAAAAGAAAGGGGAGGAAUGGGAGUGGAUAAAGAAUAGAUAUAUAUGUAUCUAUAUAUACAUGUAGACUAUGUGUCCCAGGACAAAGGAGGGCGACAAAAAAAAAAAAGAAUAAUAUCAAAGCCAAGGGCCACCAGUCAGCCUUUGAUUCUCUUUUCACGCGACUCUCACCGGAACAAAAAGCUGCUAUAGUAGAUUCUCUUCUUCUCGUUUUUUCUUCCACGGACUUGUUCGUACCACCCCCUCACCACUACCACACCAUCACCACCAACACUACCGUAUUACUGCUCUUUUACACGACCAACAAAUGCUAUUCUUCUUAUUCUUAUUCUUACUCUUACUCUUAUUCUUAUUCUUAUUCUUAUUCUUAUUCUUCUGGUCCACCUCGCUUUCGUAGCUUACUCGUGUACUCAUGUGCGCGCGCGCGUAUCCAUGUACGUGCGUGGUGCCACCACCUAAUCUUUCUCUCUCUUUUUCUCUCUCUCUCUCUUUCUCUUUUUCUUUCUCUCUUUCUUUCUCUUUUUUCUAUUUCAUCCCCUCUGGCCUCUUUUAAAGCUCACCAUCCUCCUCCUCUUUCCCAGCGUUCUUACGUCACCAGAGCUUCUCACUCUGUUCAUUUUUCGUUCUAUUGAAGCACGCAUCGUGGCAUGUGUCGAACGAAAAGUUUCCUAUAUAUAACGUUUCUAUGCUGACGACCGACAGUCUCCUUCUAUCUCGAAGAAAUGAAAUUCUAUUCCAUUCGAUUUUUCUAUCGUCCCUUUUAACAUUUUUUUUUUUUUAUUUAUCGCUUUUUUUUCGUAGACGUGCACAUAGGUAGAAAGGUAUAUCUCCAAAUUCAAAAUUGUAGGUUUAUAAGAUUUAAGUUUCAAAUCGUUUGCUUUGUUAUUGGUUCUUUUUCUUUUUCGUUCUUUACUUUAAAUUCGAUUCUCAAGGAUUUGUAAUAUAGCAACCGCGCCAUUUAAAUCGAUGCUGCGAGGCCGUCCAACGUAUCGGGAAAAACGGCUGACAAUGAGCUGGCAGUGGAGAAUCUUACGCAGCCAUUCGAACGAGGUCGAUGGCGCGCACUUCCGAUGGUAUAUGACGUUCGAAGGACACGUCGUCAAUUUCUUUUUUUUCUUUUCUUUUUUCUUUUUUUUUCUCUCCCUAUCUAUUCUUUAUCUUUUGUUUUUUUUUCAGUUCCUAAAACUUUACACGUGUCUUAUGUAUUACGCGAUUUUACAUUUACGCGACACGGACGUGUCCUUUCGUGUAGCUUAUCAGCAUAUCUCUCGGCCUUGUCAACUUCGAUUUUUUGAAUCACGUACAUGUUUCUGUCAAUUCGAAACGAUCUAUCGAAUUACGAUCGAUCAUUUAUAUUUUUCAAUCGAAAACUAAUAUUUAUUUCUAUAUUAUUUUUAAUAUUUAUUUCUUUUUGUAUGUACGUACAUAUAUAAUUUCUCACGAAAGAUUCGAUUAACAAUUUAGGGAUAUUCCUUCGAGGUUCCCUUUGUAGUAAAAUAGCAACGUCGUUAUCUAAAUUUUCUCGACGCAAGUAGAUUGCACUAUGCACCGAUACUAUCUACCACCACAACCACUAUCACAACUACCACGACUUUUAAUCACAGAUACACACGUAGUCUUGGUAUUUUUCUAGAUGAUUUCAAAAUUAGGAUGACAGCUUGCGAACAAAUAAAUAUUCUAUUUUAUUCUAAACGCUUCUCUAUCUCCUCCGAGUCGGUCGAUUCUUAGAUAGGUUCUUCGCAACGUAGUCCUUAUGAAGUAAUAGUUCUCCUGUUUAAAGUAGUUAACAAUCUAUGACUUCUUAGAAGUUAGAUCGAAAUUUCUCGCAUCGAAGGUCUAGUCUUUAGCAACAAGGUAUCCUGGUACAAAUGUUAUCACACUUGUACCAACUACGAGAUAUAAUGUGAGUAUGUAACAAGCAAGGCUCAACAACAUUCAUUACAUCUUUCCAUUUGUUAAUGGAAAAAAAAAGAAAAAGAAAAGGAAAAUAAAAAGAAGAGAUCAAAUCAUUCAUCAAUUCAUCGACAAGAUUUAUCCUAGCAACUCGCUUGAAUGUAUAAAAAAAAAUAAAUCUGCAUCUCGCUUGCUUUUGUCAGUGUGUGUCUGUCCACGUAGUUCGAUGUACAUGUGUGUAUGUAUGUAUGUAUAUAUGUACAUUCGUAUGUAAGUACGUACGAGCGUGUAAGAAUAAAAAUUUUCGAUCGAACAUGAGACAUUUUUUUUUCACGUUUAAUCGGCUUUUAAUAGACGGUUGAACGGAAUACGAUAAAUACAUACAUACAUUCUUUCGUUCGUUUGUUCGUAGAAAUGUAGUCGAUAUGUUCUUUAAUAUGACCAAGACGAAUAGAAACUUUACCCUUGACUAUUAUUCCUGUUAAUAUUUCAAAUAUCUUUAACGAUCUAAGCGAUGCUAGACAGUCACGUUUCUUUUCCCACGACAUGUCAGUAAUAAAUCACUACGUUUCUUCGUUAUGCGUUAUGUUCCUCUUGGUUAUAGUAAAAUUCUCGAGAAUGAGCAGAGUAUAAAAUGUUCUUCGUACUAUUCGAUCGCGAAGAGUAAAUAAAUUAAUUCUCGUUAAUUAGUCGUAUGAUCGAAUGAAAUUCGAGAACGAUAUUUGUCAAUCUUUGAAGAAAAACGUAGAAGAAAACUGAUAAAAACUUAUAUAAAGUGAUCAUAGCCAUGAACUUGAUCAUAUAAAAUCUCCGCGAAACUUACGAGUAGUACGAGGGAAGUAAAAAAAGAAAAGAAGAAACGAAGCUUCAUCUCGAAGUAGUAAAAAGUAGUUGUAGGUAGAAAAAAAGACGCGAGGGACGCCGAUAGCGGGCGGAGCUCCGUCACAUUUCUUACCUUUACAGAGACAGGAGAGAGAGAGAGAGAGAGAGAGAGAGAGAGAAAGAGAGAGAGAGAAAUAAAGAAAGAGAAAGAGAGAGAGAGAGAGGGAGAGAGAGAGAGAGAGAGAGGCAGACAGAGAGAGAAAGAGAGAAAGCAGGAACAGGACAAAGAAAGAGAUCACAGAAGGAUGGCAAAACUAGUGUUUCUUUAAUAAUAAGAAGUAAAAGAAAUGGACAUCGAUUAAGAAUUUCUCCGAUCGAUAUAGAGAGAAAUAAAAAAAGAAAAAAAAAUAGAGACUGACCGCAAGAAAAGAACUAGAGAAGGUCUACCAAAGGUGGAUGCCGAAAGAUGUACGCUGCAGCAGGUGGUGCGAGUAUCGCGAGUCGGAGGAAGCAAAAACGUCUACAGUUAUACAAACGUGGGGCCGAAGGUGGCCUAGGGACGACAGGAAAAACCAAGACAACUUCGGCGAAUCAAACGGCAACAAGAACAACAUCUACGACGACAACGAACAAGUUCGCUCGUCAGCAUCAGCAUCAGCAUCAGCACCACCACCACUACCACCACCACCAUCAUCACCAACACCAACACCACCACCACCACCACCAACACCAACACCAACACCACGUCCCACCAUCCUUCGCGGCACAAGCACCACAAUCAUCCCAAUUCCAUACGGGCAUCGAUCGACAACAGCGUUCACGCGUCGAGAAGUGCCAACAACUAGCACCUGUCUCGCCCAUUCAAUUCCCCAUAUCGCCGCCACCGCUCUCACUGGAAUCAUCGGGUUCGGUCACCUGCGCCACUAGCAAGCCUAACAGCUUCCCUUUUCCGCCACCCUCGAUCCUCGAUCUAAGAAUCUCGCCUACUUCCACGCCGGAGCUACAGUGUCAGGGAGCUGGAAAGGUAGCAUGGCAGGGAUGCAACAGAUCAUCCCCUCUUCCUUUAUUCCCUAAUUUACCACAUGGCUGUCGCGGCGGUGAUGGCUACAAAACGAAACAGUGCGAGGCUCAUCGAAGAUGGAUGAAGAGGAACAGGAUACGAGAUGCCAGUUAUUGCUAUGGCAGUAGCGGAGAGGACGACGACGACGAUAUAAGCGGUAGCGUCAAUCGUCGUAGAGCCGAAGUGAAUGCAGCGGUGAACACCGUACUUUAUGCCGGGCUUGGUGCCACGGCUCUCGGCCUAGUGAUUUCGUUCGUUGGGACCGGUGAGAAAGGAUUUCUCAGUCCCGAGCUGAAACUAAUCGGACCAUCGUUACUGUGCGCUGGCCUACUUUGCUGCCUAUUUCGUGUAUUGCUUUGUCUAUGCCUGUGCCGCUGCGGCGAAUGCCGUUGGUGCCUUUGUAAGCAGUCCCGGAACAAGAAAGAAAAGGACAAACAGAAGACGGAAACGCGUCCAUCCGGUCCAAUGCAGACAGCCUCGCUUCUUUCGCCAGUGCCACAGCAACCAGCCACACACUCGUCUUGCCAAGUGUCGUCGUCGGCAAAGGGACAUGAACUCUUACUCUCUCCUGCCCAAUUACCUGAAUGAAAAUAUGAUUUCAAACGUUUUCUACCGAAUUCUACACGCCGAUCUACUGCCGAUUCUGUCCAAGGAAGAGAAAAGAAGAGACGAGAAAAGAAGGAAAGAAUAAAGGAAAAUGGAUGAAGUAGCAUAUCUCGACAUUAUUCGGCUUGAAACAAGUCUCAAGAUAUCAUACAAGAUAAUUUUAGUUUAAUGAAAGUUAGUGCUCACAGUGAGGAUAAUAAAAGAUCGGCCACGUUUUUUCUACCCCUCCGGUGUUUGAUGAAGUAAAGGAACGUUUGUUGAUAAA